AUGGCGGAAAUGGCGGAAUGCGCCGUUUUUUUGCAUAUGGAAGUGGCCACUGCAUGUCGCUCGUACGGCGAUCCAUCCCAUGCUGCAGCCGCCAUCAAGUCGCUGAAUGAGUACGACGUAGGUGGAGCUGUGAUCUCAGUCAAGCUUGCGGAUAACGACCGCGGCCCGCUCCCAGCUGAUGGUGGCAAGGGGAAAGGCAAGCUCGAUCCUUGGAAUAUCCCUGCGGAUCAGAGUGAGGUCUUAGUCACCGGCCUGCGUGGCGACACCGACGAGGAGUCAAUCCGGCAGAUCUUUGCCGACAUGGGGAGGAUCACCAUGAUAAAGGUGUGCUGCGAAGGGAAGAUGGAUGGUCAAGGUUAUGCCUUGGCGAGAUUCAGAUACCCCGAGGAAGCGCAGCAUGCAAUACGAAUGACGGAUGGCCUCGUGCACAAGGGACUGAAAAUCCGGACCCUUCUGUCGUCCAGCACUGCCGCGAAGGGAGAGGUCAAGAACAUGCUGGAGAGACAGAAUGUCCCGACAGAGAGCUUGUUUGUCAUGGGCCUUCCGCCAGGCAGCACCCCGGAAACCAUCACGGCAUUCUUCGGGCAGUUUGCCGGAGUGGCCUUUGUCAAGGUUCUGGACACCAAUGGAAAGAAAGGCGACACGGUCGCCUUGGUUCGGAUGAACACCCUUGAUGAGGCCAUAUGGUGUGUAGACAGGCUGAAUGGUCAGGAAACGGCACCCAAUCUGCAGCUGCUUGCAACAGCCCAGGAUCCUCCAAAAGGGGGGGCCAAGGGGAUGACAAAGGGCAUCGACGAGCUGCAGGCCUUGAAGUAUUCUUAUGUAGUUGUUUGUUGGGCGGAUUUUGUUUGA